UCUCACUUCUGUUUGUAGCCAUGGAGUCCGAGAGGCGGAGCUCUCGUCUUUCCUCUCUCAUCAUCCUCUCUCUCCUCGCGAUCGCAUCUGCCGAAGUCAUUUUCGAAGAACGUUUUGACGAUGGUUGGGAGAAUCGUUGGGUUAAAUCUGACUGGAAGAAAGAUGAGAAUGUGGCUGGGGAGUGGAACUAUACAUCUGGAAAAUGGAAUGGAGAUCCUAAUGAUAAAGGCAUCCAGACCAGUGAAGAUUACAGGUUUUAUGCUAUAUCAGCCGAGUUCCCUGAAUUCACCAACAAGGAUAAGACUUUGGUUUUCCAGUUUUCUGUUAAGCAUGAGCAGAAGCUUGAUUGCGGUGGUGGCUACAUGAAGUUGCUUAGCAGUGGAAUUGACCAGAAGAAAUUUGGUGGUGAUACACCAUAUAGUAUCAUGUUUGGUCCAGAUAUCUGUGGCUACACCACCAAGAAAGUCCAUGCAAUUCUUACACAUAAUGAGACGAAUCACUUGAUCAAAAAGGAUGUUCCUUGUGAGACCGACCAGCUGACUCAUGUGUAUACAUUCAUCCUCCAUCCAGAUGCUACCUAUAGCAUCCUGAUUGACAAUGUGGAGAAGCAAUCUGGUAGCUUGUACUCUGAUUGGAGCAUUCUACCACCAAAGAAAAUCAAGGACCGUGAGGCCAAGAAGCCUGAAGAUUGGGAUGACAAAGAACACAUUCCUGAUCCUGAAGAUAAGAAGCCAGAGGGGUAUGAUGACAUCCCAAAGGAAAUACCAGACCCUGAGGCCAAGAAGCCUGAAGAUUGGGAUGAUGAGGAAGAUGGUGAGUGGACUCCCUCGACAAUGGCUAAUCCCGAGUACAAGGGUCCAUGGAAGCAAAAGAAAAUCAAGAAUCCCAACUACAAUGGAAAGUGGAAGGCACCGAUGAUUGACAACCCAGAUUUCAAAGAUGACCCUGAUAUUUAUGUUUACCCAAGCUUGAAGUACGUGGGCAUUGAAUUGUGGCAGGUAAAAUCUGGAACCCUGUUCGACAAUGUCUUGAUUUGUGAUGAUCCAGAGUAUGCGAAGAAGCUGGCGGAAGAAACAUGGGGCAAACAAAAGGAUGCUGAGAAGGCAGCAUUCGAUGAGGAAGAGAAGAAGAAAGAAGAGGAGGAAUCAAAAGAUGAUCCUGUAGAUUCUGAUGCCGAAAUGGAUGAUGACGCUGAUGAUGAAGAUAGCGAUGCUGAAGUGAAACCAGACACGCAUAAAGAUGCUGAUGAUACAGAAGAGAGUGCACAUGUAGGGCUUUUUCUACUAUAAUUGCCAAAAGUUGAGACUACUAACAAAUUUUUCUGUUCUUUUCUGUGUUUUUACAUCUCUGUGUUUUGUAUUUGCAGGAUGAACUGUAGGUGAGAGAGCGGUUCUUCCUCCUCCUUUGACAAUUCACUCCCGAUAACUUGGGCUCUCAGACCCUCUAAAUUUUCCGCUCUUGUUUAUGACUAUUAGCUUUAGAUUUUGUUUUAGGAGUAGGACAUUUGUGUCUGCUUGCAAAAACUGUGAAAAUGCUUUAACCGGUCGGCUCCGAGUACCCUGAAGGAAGGGAAACAUGUCUUUUUUUUAUGAAACAGUUUGGAGAUGGAGAUGGAGAUAAUGUGGUACUGCCUGUAAAACAUUCUCCGGUUUGCACUUCACAGUGUUUGUAUGUUGCGGACUCAAUGUGCUCACAUCUAUUUCCUUUCAUUUUGCGAUUGAUGGAAGAGGUUAAAUGAGAAUGAUGGAGCCAUUAAUUGUUGGAA